CAUAAACUAAAACACUCGACAUUACCUAGUAAACAUUCAUUAAAUUUAUUAACUUAACUAACAUUACAUAACCUAUACAGGCUCUAUUAAUAGACUCACGGCUCUCCCACGCCCCCCUUGCCCAGAGUGAACCCCCUUGUCGACCAGCCAGAAAGCGUUAAAGUCGUUGGGUCCGUUCUCCACCCCCAGACUUAUUGCUAACAAUUCCUGCAACAAGUCAAGCCGACUUUCAUAAGUUUCGGCGGCUUUAAACCCUUUUACCAUUUGAGAGGCCGACUCGACCAAACCUCAUCCUCUUUGCUCGACAUCACGAGAUAUUAUUCAUUUUCUUCUCUCUUUUGCCAUUUAUACAUCGCGUUUGUUACUCGAGAUUAAUUCCUGUAAUCGAGAGUGAAGGACAAAGGCAGACCAUCGUAUAAUCCUCCAUCGCCACAUAAAUCAUAACAGCGCCUCAGCAUGCCUACCCCCUCUAAUAAUCCGCCCCCUGAACUUCCUCCUCGAACGCAUAGCUCUUCAUGUCCCGAUCCCGAAGAAGCAGCUCGAAAUAGUUGGCGACCAGACCAAGAUGGCCUCGCGAUGAAUAUCGAUGGCCAAGAAGUCGAUUCAUCAUCACCCGAACCCGUCAGUGCUCCACCGCCCGCCGCACUCCAGUCCGACAUCUCAGAUUUGCUUUCCGCCACCGAGUCUCCUAGACCGGACUCGAGGAGCGGAACCGAACCCACUAUUCUCUCUUCUGACCGCGCCGAUUCGCCAUCCGACUCCACGACCGCAACGUACAAGCCGACCGAUGCCGAUGAUGACGCAUCGGCUAGGGGCGAUAUGGAAGCCUUGCCGACUCGGCAGCGACGGAGCGGCGCAUACGAACUUGCCUCGUCUAUCGGCGCGGACGGUGAAAAGCUAGAAUACGGAACGGCGCUCAGUCGCUCCCAUGACGAUGCCUAUGCGCCUUCGAUGGGGUUUGAUUACUCUAACGUUCGAAUAAUACCUACCUCUCCAUCGUCCUUCCUGCGGCCGGGAAGUCGAUUCCACGGUACUCAGCAGUCGGAACGACAAGUGUAUGAUGUACAAGUAGAGAUCAAGUAUGUCGACUUGCGAGAAUCGUUUCUAUGCGGUUUUCUUAAGAUCCAAGGCCUCACGGAGGACAAUCCGACCUUGACGACGUACUUCGAAGGCGAGCUCAUCGGCAGCAAGUACGGCUUCAUCACGAAGCACGAGAAUUGGGGCGCGACAGAAAAGAUCGAUCUGAACCACUGGGGCAAGUUCUCGGCCUUCCGACAGUACUCUAAGCAAGUACGCAGAGGACCCGUCGCGAUUCCGAACUUGGCCCAGCGCGAGAAUAUCUUCAUGCGCUGGAAGGAACACUUCCUCGUCCCCGACCAUCGCGUCCGCACUAUUAAUGGCGCCAGCUUCGAGGGCUUCUAUUACAUCUGCUUCAACCAAAAAGAGGGCAGUGUUAGUGGUAUAUAUUUCCACUCCAAGAGUGAAAAAUUCCAACAAUUAGAACUUAAGCACGUCGAGGAUAAAGGCUGUUUUGGCGACAUUGAAUUUCGAUAAUUGGCAUUCAACCUUUUUCAUCUAUAGAUGAAUAAUCGACCGACCUUUCGAGGCCGUUUGAUAGUAAAUAGCACCACUGCUCACUUAGUCGGUAGUAAAUAAGAGCAGCAGCAUGUCGGGGGACCGUAUUAGCUGGCAUCUCAAAUCCGUAACACAGGAAUGAAGAUAGCACGGAAAACGAAAUCGGGUGAGAUGUGGCACAGAAGGGAUGCAAGUUUAUCCGCCCCUGAAUUGGGGACAUGAUGUUCAUGACGAGAAUAGUGGCAUUUCACGACUUUGCGGCGAGGGGGUAUAUUACAGUUAGGAGGUCAAGGCCGUACUCCGAGUGUACAUAAUGAUGAUCAUAAAUUUACGCAUAUGCGCA